CUUUGUCCUCCUCCGGCCCAGCUGCCUCCGAUCCGGCCCCAUUUGCAACCCGUUCCCCUCCCUCCCUCCCAGCCCAGGCCCUCCCUGUUCCCCUUAUAAGUAGAGCCAGAAGAGCAAGGAAGUGUCCGCAAAUUGGCCGUUUUGGAUUUUCUCGUGGUCUUGACCUCUUCCCGCCUCGCCAUGCCUGCAGAUUACAAUGGCACCUGGAACCUUGUCAGCAGCGACAACUUUGAAGGUUACAUGCUAGCCUUAGGCAUUGACUUUGCCACACGCAAAAUCGCCAAAAUGCUGAAGCCCCAGAAGGUCAUCAAGCAGGAGGGAGAUGCCUUCACCAUCACCACCACGAGCACCUUCCGGAACUAUUUCGUCGAGUUCCGAAUCGGAGAGGAGUUUGAGGAAGACAAUAAAGGUUUGGACAACCGGAAAUGCAAGAGCGUGGUGACCUGGGACAACGACAGACUGGUUUGUGUCCAGACCGGCGAGAAGAGGAACAGAGGCUGGACGCAUUGGAUCGAAGGCGAUGAACUCUAUUUGGAACUCCGGUGUGAGAAUGAAGUGAGCAGGCAAGUCUUCAAAAGAGCAUGAAGCAGGGAGAUCAAUGGAAAAAAUGGCCACUUUAUUGGAAAGUAAAAAAAAAAUUGUAAAAAAAAUUAAAUUCCUGCUAUUUUCUGGGAAUUAAACUGGUGACUGUUACUACACUUGAUGCAUCCCUUCAUUAAAGGCAAUGAUGGACAAUG